AUGCCAGGUGUUUUGCGACUCGUUAAACAUUUAAACGCGCAUAAGAUACCGAUAGUUGUGGCAACGAGUUCGUUACGAAAUAAUUUUAAAAUCAAGUCAUCAAAUAAUCAAGAGUUAUUUAGUUUAUUUGAUGAUAUUACUUGUGGAGAUGAUCCCAAUGUUCUUAAUGGGAAACCUGCUCCUGAUAUCUUUCUUGCUGCCCGAGCGAAAGCAGGUAAUCCACCUGUCUCACAAUGUUUAGUUUUUGAGGAUGCACUUAAUGGAAUUCAAGCUGCAAGAAAUGCGGGAAUGCAUGUAAAUCCUAAUUUGGCGGCAUUAUAUCCUGGUGAUAAUGGUGCAACAGAAAAAAAAACUAUAGAAUUAUUCUUAGCAAAACUUAUUUCUAGUAAAAAAAAAUCUACUUAUACUUCCUGCUACUAUCAUUCACUUAUGGAAGCUAAUAAGUCACGUUGA